GACGUGCCCCCAUCCGACAAGCUCAUCUUCAUCCUGGCGGGCCAGUCCAACAUGGCCGGCCGCGGCGGAGUCGUCGCCAACCGCUGGGACGGCGUCGUCCCCUCCGACUGCGCGCCCUCCCCCGCCGUCCUCCGCCUCUCCCCGGACCUCCGCUGGGAGCAGGCGCGCGAGCCGCUCCACCAGGGCAUCGACGCCUCCAACAACCACGCCGUCGGGGUGGGGCCCAGGAUGCCGUUCGCCAACGUGCUGCUCCGCUCCGGCCGCGCGGGGGCACCCGUCGUCGCCCUCGUGCCCUGCGCCGUCGGAGGCACACGGAUGGCCGACUGGGCCAGGGGCACCGACCUCUACGCCCAGAUGCUGCGCCGGGCGCGCGUCGCCCUCGAGACCGGCGGCCGGAUCGGGGCCCUGCUCUGGUACCAGGGGGAGAGCGACACCGUGAGGUGGUCCGACGCCAACGAGUACGGGCGCAGGAUGGGGAUGUUCGUCCGAGACAUCCGCGCAGAUCUCGGCAUCCCGCACCUCCUAGUCAUCCAGGUUGGGUUAGCAUCGGGCCUCGGACACUACACUCAGCUGGUAAGGGACGUGGCACCGAGGCAAACAACUAAGUUCAACAGACCUCCUUUGCCUAAGGGCAUUUGA